UGAACAUCAUAGUGCCAUUGUUCCUUGGCAACUUAUAGCUGAAAGGACCGGUGUUGUUAUGAAGUUUGUAAGUUUAGGUUAGGUUGUUUUCUUAUUAAUUAAAUGGCAAGCCUUACAUUUGGGCAUAUGAAGAUAAGGAAUAAACAUGCUUCAGAUGUGUGGGCCUACGGGCAUUGGAUUCUUGUACGGAAAGAUUGAUCUAUUGUUUGCAAUGCCUCCAUUCUUAGAUGGUGGAGAUUUCUUGACCAUUCCACAUUUGCACAACCUCGUUCCAGAUUUGAAGCUGGGACGCCUGCAAUUGGAGAAGCAAUUGGUUUGGGAGCUGCUAUUGAUUAUUUAUCUAGGGUCGAAAUGCAAAAAAUUCAUAGUUACGAAGAAGAAUUGGCGAAUUAUCUAUAUGAAAACCUUCGUGCAGUUCCUAACAUUCGGUUAUAUGGCCCAGCGCAAUUUAGACUUUAGUGUAUUUAUAAAUUAUUUAAUUAAGCAACGGUUUCAUGGACUACAUUUUUUCUACGUAAUUAUCGAUGUAUACAUCGUUGACACUUACCUGCCUUUGUUUUUUUCAAUACAAAGUCUCAAAUUCCCUGGGAUCAAAAUUAUAGUGACUCGUUGA